UGGCCGGUCCCAUGUGUGGCUUGUAGAACAGUUUAAGAAAUUCUUAGAGGAAACAGUUUAAUGGAUCAAGAACUGCAAAGGCAGGAAAGCCAGAGAAAGAGAAAUGCUUGGAGUCUAAGUUUAGAGAAAAACAAAAGACAAACAGAAAAAGACAACAGAAAGUGAGAGGAACAUCAACCACAUAUACUGGUAAAUAGACAGCUGGGCAGAUUUGGUGCAGACAAAGAUCUGAUCCAGAGAAAGGAUGAAGAUUCGUGUUAUGCAGAUCUGGGGCUUCCUGAUGACUGUGUUGGGCUGGAUCUUUGUUGCUUGCUCUAUGGCCAUGGAGGGCUGGAAGGUCACCUCCAUCGGAGGGCAAGGGGGAAACGCCAUCAUCAGAGCGGCCUGGUACUGGUCCAGUCUGUGGAGAGCCUGCUUCACAGACUCUACUAACACUUCCAACUGCUACGACUUCCCAGUGCUCUGGUCUGUGGAAGGUCACCUCCAGAUUGUGCGGGCUUUGCUGAUGUCUGGGAUGGCUAUCGGAGUGCUGGGGUUCAUCCUGAGUCUUGUGGGAAUGGAAUGCACUUAUAUUGGAGGCAAAGACAAAGAAAAGAACCGAUCUGUGUUCAUAGGAGGCUUCUGUCAUGUGAUCAGUGGUAUUUUGGCUGCCUCUGGUUAUGCGGUAUAUGCUCAUUACGUCUCUGCAGAGUUCUUCAACCCCAGAUUUGAUGGAUUGAAAUUUGACUUGGGAACGCCACUGUUCCUUGGAUGGACAGGAUGUGCUUUUCAGAUCACUGGUGGGGUUUUUUUCCUUGUUUCAGUUUGCAAGAUCUGGUCUCAGGUAUACAACAGUGCACCGACUCUCAUCAUUCCAGGCGAGGAGGGCAAAGUCUUACAUUCCUCCCACACAAAUCUUUCAAUGGUCUCUGAGCUCUUCUCAAAAUCCAAAGUAUCAGCAAUAUCUGAGCUUUCUUCAAAAUCUGAAUCAUCAGAUGUGCCAAAUGUUCCAUCCAAGAACAGACGUAUCUCUAGAACUGGACGUUCCUCAAGAUCCAAACGCACUGGCAAAUCAAGAAGCUCUGAGAAAUCGAUGCACUCUUCAUGGUCUUCAAGUUUGAGCAGAUCAGAUUUAAACAGCAGGAAAGUGUCUUCUCCUGGAGCCACUACACAUCCCUUUAUCAAGAACUCCUACCUAUGAAACAUAGUAUUGACCUCUGAAUCUGGAAACACACACAGUGAUUCCAUUAAAUGAAUUGUAAUUCAACAAAAGCAGUGAUGUUAGGAUUAACAGAUCACCCCCUUGUGGACAAAAACCGUAUGCUGGAUUCAUGCUUUAAAAUUAGCUUGCUAACUUGAUGUUUAAAAUAAUAAAUAAUUUGCAGUUAUGACAUUGCUUCAGAGCCUUUGCAAAUGGGCACAAUGGUUAUAACAGUGGUUCUCUACUGGUGGGAUCUGAUAGAUUCAUGAACAGCUGAGGAAAACGAUGCUAAAUGCUAACAAUAAAAUGCAACUAACCAUAUAAUCAUGCAGCAGAAUAAACAGGCUUGUCAACUUUUAAAAAGGAGAGGAAAAUCUUUACAUUUCUUUUGAUGUUGACGUCAAAGACUAAACAUCAAAUCAAGUUCAAAUCAAAAAUAUUUUAAUGUAAAUUCAUCUUUAGCUGGGUAAUAUGGCUAAUCAUAAUACAUUUUGAUUGUUUUUUAUGUUAGGUUGGUAAAUCUCACUUCUGGUGUUGUUUAUGAUAGUCAGUUUUCCUAUUUAGCUUAUGUCAUUUUAAUAAUGUUGCAUAUAGUUGUGCCUUAUUGCCAUGCAUGGCAAUAUUAAUAAAUUCCAAUGUAUGAUUUUAAGGAUAUUAUGUUAACUUUUGUACAAUAAGUAAAUCUGGUAUUGUGUUGGAUUACCACUGGUGUUAAAUUAAAAAUUCCCUUUGGUUAACUUGAACUUACUUCAGGGUAUAUGGAAAAUGUCAAAUGGUUUGUCUAGGAAUUCCCAGGGACUGAUCAGAUGCACAGCUUGAAUGCACUAUAAGUCGCUUUGAAUAAAUCCAUCUACCCAAAUGCAUAAAUCUAAAUGUACCAGUGAUUAUUAUGGGAUAUCAAAAACUUAUGGAUUUUGAGAGUCUGGCUUUGACAUUGACCCUGAUAGCACACGUACAUUCCCCAGAAAUCUGUGUGUGCAUUUACAUCUGGAAGACAUAUUUUUUUAGGUUGUUUGCUUAUCUGCAAUACAUCUAUAAGACGUUUCCUUUUGGAUGUAAUUAAGACCUUCAGCAGACGUCUUUGAGACAUGUAUAAUUUAGAAUGUUUUCAGAAUGCAUAUGUGGUGAGCAGGGCGGAGCCGAGCAGCGUCUGGGCAGAGCAAGGCCGGCGAAUGACUUUCACCUGCGUGCCACACUGGUCUCGCGUUCCAGCGAGGGGUGGCGGGAGUACUUAAGGAAAAGAGAUAGCAGCAGAUGGGAGAUAGAGAUGCGUGAAGCUGUUUGUGUGUAGUGUGUUGAGCUGAAAAGCCAACAGAGUUUAUGUGUAGUGAAGCUGAAAAGGAAACCUUUUGUGUACUGCUGAAAAGCGGCCUUUUUGUGUGCGACUGAAAAGUGCAACAAUAAAUGUCUAUGUGAUUUGUCAAGCCAGCCCCAGCAUCCUCCAUUCAAGGAACUGUUACAGCGAUGCUUUCCAGAUUAAAUACUCUUAAACAGACAUCUUGAAGAUGUACGUGUCCUCUCUGUGGAAGAAUAUAUUAUGCAUGAUUUUAUUCUAUGUUUUUUGUGAUUGAGGUAAAAAAGUAACAAAAGAUAACCAUAAAGGCAUUGCUGACAUCAGAAAGUUUAAUCACAGAACGUAACCAAAAAACGGGAACAAAGUCCAUUUCAAUUGUUCCACUGUGAAAAUGUUAUUUUUAAAUGCUGGUAACCGGUUAAUUUUGUUCAGAUAUUUUUUUUUUUUUCAUGAAACCAAAGACCAAAGGGUUUAUCACAGUUUGCCACUUCCUGUUGCCUGAAAAAAAUUAAAGCUUCUCUCUUUUAAGUAGAACAUGAGAAUGUGCUUUGAUUCUGAAGGAAACUGCAGCGUCACACACUUCUUUGCUUUAACUGAACGAUGUGGAUGAAGAUAGAUGUAUGAUGCAUUAAUACCAAUUUAAUGCUGAUAGGUUUUGACUGAGAAGCAGAUCUUAUUUCGUUCCAACAGAAUAAUUAAAAACAUUUUGUUUUUAGUCCCUGAUUAUGAUACUGUAUACAGUAGGAUGUGCAUCAUAUUUCACACUUUGAUUUUGUGUUUCUUUA